AUGUUGGGAAAUGAGCCAGAACCGGAAAUUGGUGGAUUUUUCCGUUCAAAUUUAUUGGCGGUGAGAAAAGCAAUUUACCAACAAGAUUUCAAGAAAUUUUCCGCUCUCAAAUCGGAUGCUGAGAGGGUGGCUUUUGUUUUAAGUUAUUCCGAAGCAUAUAAAUUGCCUUUGGAGGUGGAGAAGCCUACGGCUAAGGAUCGUGACAGUGCUAUUCGAUUGAAAGACAUAGGAAACAAAUUUUUUGGUCGCGGCGAAUUCACGAAGGCCUUGGAAACGUAUUCGAAUGCAGCUCUUUUAGCGCCAUCAACAGAAUUAAGUAUCAUUUUGGCGAAUCGCUCGGCCACAUUGUAUCACCUGGAGCGUCAUGAGUAUGCGUUGGAGGAUAUUGAGGAGGCCUCACUACUCGGUUACUCGAAGGAUCUUUUAUAUAAACUUGAAGAGCGACGAGCCAGAUGUUUAUUGGGUUUGAAAAGGCACGAUGAGGCGGUCGAGGCAUUUAGGCGGGCUCUCCAGGCUCUAGAUGACGCCAGGAUACCCUUGGAACGUAGGCAGAAGUUCGAGGCGGACAUCAGGAUGAUGCUCGUGGUGAUGGAUAAAGGCAAACGACUCAAUGAAGCCGCUACGAAGAAUCUUCUGCGAGUUCAUAGCAAGCAAAAGUCCAACGCGCGUUUGGAGGACAGACUUAUCCCCAAGAGAGACAGAAAUCCCGUAUAUCCUGCUUGUAGUAGAGCGGUAGAAAUUAAAGAUGAUAAAGGUGACAUAGGUAGACACGCCGUGGCGACCAGGAAGAUAACACCUGGCGAAAUCGUGAUCGUCGAACGACCGCAUUGUGCGUUUCUACUGGCAGAGACCAGGCUCGCACAUUGCCACCUGUGCUUCAUGAGGAUAUUCGUACCAACGCCGGCGGCUUGUUGCAACUGCGUCGCGUACUGCAGCCGCCGCUGCAGAGAUGCGGAUGCUCCAGUGCACUCGAAGGAGUGCAAAUUGUUACCGGCCCUAUGGUACUCGAAAGCCUCAGUCACGUGUUUCUUGGCCCUAAGAGCGAUCACGCAGAGACCUUUUGAAGAAGUUAUAAUGCUGCAGGAACAGUUUAAGAAUCCUGGAAAUGCGUUGAAAUUUUCUGCGGUGCAUCCAUAUCGAGGAGACGAUUACAUGGGUGCCUUCUACAACUUAGUUACUCACGAAGACAAGAGGUUGCCUGAGGAUAUUUUUCAUAGGGCCUACAUGACGACCUGGUUAUUCAGAUUAUUAAGAUCCAGCAACUACUUGCCGGAAAAUGUGAAAACGACUGAUUCAGCGAACAGUAAAUUGUCAGACGAGGAAUUGUUUAUCGCAGGAUUGCUAUUACACAACUUACAGUCAUUGCAAUUCAACACGCAUGAAAUUUCAGAACUGGUAAGACCAAAAGGACAGAAGACGCUUGCUAAAGCCAAAAGCGUGUUUAUAGGCGGUGGUGUUUAUCCUACGGUUGCAAUGCUGAAUCAUUCGUGCAAUCCUGGCGUAGUUCGGUAUUUCAUCGGCACUACCAUGAUUGUUCGCGCUAUUCGUACAAUCAACGUAGGUGAAGAGAUUUCUGAAAACUAUGGUCCUAUCUUCACAACCACACCCGAGAGUGAGCGAAAAAGAAAAUUAAGGAUGCAAUAUUGGUUUGAUUGUAAUUGCGAGGCGUGCUCGGGACAUUGGCCGCUUCUAGACGAAUUGGAUCCAACAGUGCUCAGAUUUAAAUGUGAGACCGGACCGUCCUGUGGUAACGUAUUAUUGGUCAAAAGUGACACGAAUGAGUUCAUGAUCGGAUGUGCGAAGUGUGGUAAGAGCACUAACAUCCUGAAAGGCUUGAAAGCUCUACAGGAUACGGACGAACUUUUCAGAGUCGCGUCGAUGAAUCUCGAAGAAGGACAAAACGAACACGCAUUGAAAGCAUAUCUGGAAAUUUUGAAACUACUGGACGAGACUCUAGUAUUGCCUAUCAAAGAUUAUCACACCUGCCAGCAGGGGAUUAGACUGUGUGCUCUUGCCUUAGGCAACACAGCUUAUAUCUAAAUCUCAUUUUAGAACUAAAAAAUUUAAUUUGCAUAGAAUCUUUCUAUUGCAAAAUAAAAAGGUGCAUUUUUCCGCAGUUAAGCGUAAUAAAUUCGAGUAAUCUUAAGUUACUGUUUUAACUCUUUCAUCAGAAUGUUUACA